AUGGCGGUCACAAAAGACGAAGCUGCAACCACCGGAGCAGGAGGUGCUCAACCUCGGAAUCUCAUUCCCAACGGUGACCUUAAUCCAAAUGCAAAUCCAUAUCCAAAUACAAAUCCAAAUUCAAAUUUUAAUCCAAACCCUAACCCUAGCCCAAACCCGCCUCAUACCACAAGAGGAUCCAAAGGAAAAUCGUGCAAGGGAUGUGCCUACUACUCAUCGCUUCAUAAAGCCAAAUCCAAAGGCCCCACGUGCGUUGGCUUCUCCAGAACACUACAGCAAGUACCUCCUUUUGUUGUGGGAGAAACUGAGUUGGAAGCUUUAAAAGAGGGCCGCAGUCUUACAAAUUUCAAGUAUGCCUGUAUUGGAUACUCUGUUUACUUAGACAACAAAGAUUCUACAGCUGACACGGAGGAUAAAACAGCUAAAUUGCCCUUUUGCGCCGGUCUUGAGGUGGUUUUAUCAGAGAGCGCUUCAAGUCCCUCUGUUGGCCAUGUUCCUGCUACUCGUAAAACUGAAGGUAGUGAGAUUCUUGAUGAAAAUCCUAUUUCUCAACCUCGAAGCUACAAGAGUACUAGAAAUGUAGAUGAACUUAUUAAUUCUAAACAUGCAGGUUUCAAAGAAAUGCAGGCCUUGUGGCAUCCGGUGUAG